GUCGGCAUCAUGAAAGUUUAUAGAGAUUACGCGACUGCUAUACGAUACACAACUUUUGUAGGAGUCAAUUGUCUCCUGUUCUAUACGGCAGGUCCUAUAGCUCGAUUCAUCCAAGGACUCCCGUAUUGGGAUAGAAAAAGAGAACAACAAGAAGCAGCUCGUAACCGUGAACGUCUAUGGAAGAGAUGGAAGAAUGAAAGGGCUCAUAAACAACACAGUGAAGAGUGGAACUCAACAGGAUAAUUGAAAGCUUUUUUGCAAGUCGUUAAAUAAAUGACUGUAUAUGAAGCGUAUUCUUCCAAGUAGGAGCUGAGUUUGGUUUCCAGAUAGAGUCAAAACACAAUAUAUAGAUUGUAAAACAC